UCACAAAGGAGCUCUGCGUCCUUCCAGCGAGAUCAGAGAAGCUCAAAGAAGGGUUAGGGUUUUAAACAAUGGCUGGAAGGUAGAGCACUACAAUCAGUUUCUGUGAGCAGAUGGAGCCGCCUGCCUCUGCCACCUCAUCAGAGCUGGUGAGAACUGAGGAUGAUGAAGAGUGCAUCCUCCUCAGAUGCCAGCUCACAGAGGAUGAUCGGGAUGAUACUGGUGUCAGCACCUGCCGCAGCUCUGAAAGUGAAGAAGGGGUCAUUGAUGGGCACAUAGGGCCAGAUUCCUGCCCAUCUACGGGUCACUGCAGCUACACCGUCACUUGCACUGUCAGCAUUGCCCUGGCUCUGCCAACAGGAGACAAAGAUGAUGCAGUUACCACUGUAGAGAAAGGAAAGAAGAAAACGAAGAAUGUUUUGUCCAGUGGGGCACGCAAACCUCAGAGCUAUUACCACAUUGAGUACAGUCUAUUGCCUGGUACCAGUGAACCAGUCAAGGUAGAUCUGGUGAUGUUUGGCCUGGCUGCAAAGGUCUACAUGGAGAAUGAGACAAAGGUGUUGAAGCCGUGGCUGGAAGGAGAUCAGCUUUGGCUGGGAUGGUCUCAGUCUAUGAAGCUGAAUGUGAGCCGAGAGCUGCUUGUUAAAAUGUUGUCACAUAAAAUCACCUUCUUGGUGUGGGACACCAAGGACAGAGUGUCCACCAAAGCAAAGUACGACCGGCCUAAAGCCUUUAGAUUGGACAGGAGCACGGAGGACCAAGACCAAACAGAUGCUGCCUUGGACCCUGAUGCUGAAAGAUUUGGUGGCAUUAAAAGCCUGGUGUGUAAGCUGAGAGUUGCUUAUGACAAAGAAAAUCCAAGAACCAGAACAUCAGUGAAAUUCCAGAGAGAAAACAUUUCAAUGGACUACAAGCCUUCAGAGCUCAUUUGUGCCACAGUUGAUCCCAAGCUCUUGACAGUGGAAGCUAAAGAGAAAGCUCCCUCAUCUGUGACUCUGAAUGUUGGUGGAUCAAAGAGACAAGAAAAAGAGCAACUUUCCAGCCAAAGAGAAAAGCUGGAUGUAGCAGCUAAACCUAAGCGCCUUAAGAGAACCAUUUGGUAUCAAGACAAGGACUUGGCGGAGUUCAAGUGUGCAAACAAAGAGUCAUUAGAUCACUGCACUGUAAGCCAGAAGGACACCACAACCAUCCAUCUUACAGUGCCUAGCUCUGUGAAAGACAAUAGCUUGGUGAUGUGUAAGAAGAACGCUGCUCAUAAAUCCACUCAGGAGAACACAGAAGAAACAGAACAGAUGUGCAAAGACAGUGUUGCUUCGGUGGAGCUCAGCACCAUGUAUCUGCUUGCAGGUGACCUGUCCCUAACAGGCUCUUUUCUGAACCAUUCUGGAAGUGUCUGUGAAGGUUUCUGCAGCAUCACUCUGGACCAACCACUUAUGUCUGAACAGCUGAAGGCUGAGCUCAACCCACUGGUCAUCACUGUCCUCUCCGCUUCCUGUUUGCCCUCAUCUCCUGUUCCUUUUAAUGAGCUUCAGCAAAAAUGUCUGCCUGUGUACUGCCAGUAUAAGUUCCACAACAUGCCAGUGCACAGAACCAAAGGACACCAACACCGUUCUGAUAUUUAUUUCAGAGAUGUUUAUGUCAUCCUGACUGGCCUGCUGAGCACUGGAGAACUGCUGGAGUCCCUCAGGGGUCCAAUGAUAGAGAUUGAGGUGCAUGACCGUGACAGGAAAACUGGAAAGCCAUUCAUAAGUCCAGCCAUUUUUGACACUGAUAACAAAUUAGCCAGUACAGCUUCAGCCACUACUAGGCGCACUACCCAUGACAAUAAACUGCAUGAUCCGUACGGCAUUGCCAAAUUAAAUCUUUCGGAUCUUCUAAGAGGACACAGAUGUUUGAAUUUCAGCUUACCUAUAAGAUGUUCCUAUAGAGGGCAGUGGAUGGACAUUGAUAAGAAUAAUUGGGAAUCAAAGCUACCUGAGAAAGCAGAUAUUCAGGAUGAAUUUCAAGACAGCCCUCUGCCCAUGGGUCACUACAUCGAAGCCAAUUCUAAGCUCAAGGUUCAUGUGGAGGUGGCAAGGCCACUAACUCUUGACCCUGACCAAAGUGAAGAACACUGUCCCUUUGGGCGUAUUGUUUACAUCUUUAAUUGUAAUAACGUUUCUGUCUUGACCAAACUGAGGUCAGAGAUUCUACAGAUCAAUGUGGCAGCUUUCCAACUGGAGUCUCACAAUGAAGAAACUGCUCAAAAAGUGCUGUGCAGUUGCAGAAUGAGCGCCAAGGAUAAAGCAAACAAAAAUCUGAAUGUUCUAACAGGAUUUCAUGUGCUGGACAAAUCUCUGCACCUUUUUGUUCUGGAGGGAUUGAAAGGACAAGCUAUCAAACAGCUCUGGGAAACAUUACCUAUAAAGCUGGAGGAUGAUGUAGAGAAGCAGAUCACUGUUCUUUACAACUCAGGCCUGAGCUUCUCGGAGAGGCUUUAUGAUUCUCUGGAUCUAGGUUUGAGUCCGGUUUAUCUCUCCCAUCCUCUGGACACCAUCCUGAAGGAGCCACUGGUGUACAUUAGAGAUGUGCUCCCAUACUCCUGCCUCCAGGGCCUGUUACGAGUAAAGCAUUUAUGCCAAGCAAAGAAGCUUGAAGAAGUGGUUCAGAAUGACCUGUUCCCCUCAGCUAAGAUGGUUCUCAGCUUGAAGCAGGAGUUUGGAAUAGUUCAUAAGAGAGGAGUGGAGAAUUUACUGGUGGACACCAAAGAUUCGACGCAGCACAAUUCACAUCAACAUGUCUCUCAGAGGAGGACGCACACUCCUUUGGACACUUUCAAUAAGGAUUACCUGGAGUGGAAACAGACUCAAAGGCUUUACACAAAAAACUUUGUUCAGACCAACAUUGAGGAAGUCCACAAAGCUAGCAGUUGUUUACAAAAGCCCAAACCAAAGGUGUUUGUGGCUGAAGUAGAUGAUGGUCAGUCUGUCCACAACUACAGCAUUCAGAAAUUGAACUGCACCGCUCUGGCCCAAGAGCUACUGCGUAAAGAGAUGGCAAAGGUUCCAGCUUGUAGGUUCUCCUACAACCAGCAUUAUCAUUCCUUCACGGUGGAUCCUGUCGACAUGGAGUCUAAGCAGAAGGCCUCAGCAGUCAAGAGUCGUGCUGCCUGGCGAACAUAUGAUGGCUUUAUUUAUCCCGGCUUCAAGAGCAGCAUUGAGUCCAAUAGACACCCCAAACGACCAGAUGAGGCACGGGUGGAGGAGCUCAGAAAGCCUUGGAGAGAGAAUAUUCUCCACAGGAACAAACUGAGUCCAGCCCUGAACAGGUCUUGGUGGCCAUGGAGCCAACACCACAAAGACUUUGAGCUUUAUAUCAAACCACCUGCUGUUUUUAGCCCAGAGCCCCCAAUCUCCAUUCACCUGGCAGGAGAGUCUCUGCAGCAGGAGCAGCUCCAGGCAGCACAUACUCAGCACAGCAAAUGGCUCAUGAAGAUCUUACCUGAUAAAGACUCUGCAGUAAGUGGACUAUCUCUGAAGACAGCAUGGAGGGCAUUAAAGGUAAAUUGUUAUAAUAAUUCUUGGCUAAGGAAAGUGUUAUUGUAUGGCUGUAUAGUGGAAUAAUGGUGCUGUAUAAUUAAAAAAUGUAAAAUAAUAAAAGCAGAAAAAUUGUGUCCAUUUUUAUACCCAAGGGUGCCAUACAGUGUCAGAAACUACAUAAGUCUGUUUGAGAUUACUUAACAGCU